CAUCAAAACCAAACCCAAUUAAUCAAAAACAUGGUUGCCUGCGGAGAAGGAAAAGUGUUCAAGGUGACGGUGACGAAGAAGGAGAUGGUGGCAGCAGUGUUACCAUUGCAAGAGCAUUGGCUGCCACUCUCAAACCUUGAUUUGCUUCUCCCCCCAGUUAAUGUGAGUGUUUUCUUCUGCUACAAGAAACCGAUUACUUCUCUUACGAUGAGUUAUGGUGCCAUGGUUGGUGUUCUCAAGAAAGCCUUGGCUCAAACUCUUGUGUCGUACUACGCGUUCGCCGGUGAGCUUGUCUCGAACUCUGUUGGAGAGCCUGAGAUUCUCUGCAACAACAAUGGCGUUGAAUUCGUCGAAGCUUUUGCUGAUGUUGAGCUUCAAAAUCUUAAUCUUUAUAACCCGGAUGACACCAUUGAAGGAAAAUUAGUCCCCAAGAAGGAGCGCGGCGUGCUUGCCGUCCAGGCUACAGAAUUGAAAUGUGGAGGUCUAGUGGUGGGACUCACAUUUGAUCAUCGCAUAGCCGAUGCGUAUUCUGCUAACAUGUUCUUGGUGUCAUGGGCGGAGAUGGCUCGGUCUAAACCAAUAUCUACAUUACCAUCGUUCAGACGAUCAACUCUUAACCCUCGACGUCCUUCUUUAAACAUUGACUCAUCAAUUGAUGACAUGUACGUUCCAGUCUCAACAAUUCCACCUCCCCCGGAGCACUCUACAAUUGCAGCUGGCGAUCAUCUGGUGAGCCGGAUAUACUACAUGAAAGCCCACGAUCUAGACGGGCUCCAAUCGCUCGCCAGCUCCAAUUGUUGCAAAAGGACUAAGCUUGAGUCUUUCAGUGCAUUAUUGUGGAAAAUUGUUGCCAAAUCUUGUACCAAAACCAAUCCCCAAAAUAUGGUUUCAAAAAUGGGGAUAGUUGUGGAUGGUAGGAGCAGAUUAAGCCAAGAUAAUGUCAAUAAGGCUAAAACAAUGUCCAACUACUUUGGGAAUGUGGUCUCAAUUCCCUAUGGAGGCAUCAAAGUUGAUGAUUUGAUCGGAAAACCAUUGGAUUGGGUGGCCGAUGAAGUCCAUGAGUUCUUGGGAAAUGCCAUCACAAAGGAACAUUUCUUGGACCUGAUUGAUUGGGUAGAGGCAAAACGUCCUGAAUCGGCCGUGGCUAAAAUAUAUGUUGGUGACAAAAAUGAUGGACCGACAUUUGUCGUCUCCUCGGGCCAAAGAUUCCCGGUAUCCGAGAUCGAUUUCGGGUGGGGCAAACCCUAUUUUGGAUCGUACCAUUUUCCGUGGGGUGGCAGCGCCGGGUAUGUGAUGCCGAUGCCAAGUCCGACCAGGAAUGGUGACUGGGUGGUGUACAUGCACCUUACUAAAGGGCAGCUGGAGUUGGUUGAGGCUGAGGCUUCUCAUGUGUUCAGGCCAUUGAGUUAUGAUUAUCUUAAUAAUUAAGCUUGAUGGCAAAUUAGGUUGUGAAGAUAUUACAUCAUGGAUUGUGUCCUUGUACAUGCACUAAGUCCUUAAAUAAAUGUUAUAUAAUGUUGACAUCCAUAUAAGUUUGUGUCUUUUAAUUUGUAUUUAAAUUUUUUAUAAUUUUUAUAAAUACCACUGAGAAAUUAAAUA